UUUGCCCGUUUCUCCAACAUGCCCGCGCUGAUAGAGACACCAGGGAGCGGACGCGCGCAGGAGCCGUGUCGUUACUGCUGAAAGUGUGUGCGCUCUGCUCGAGCCUUUAUGGACCGGAGAGACUCGACUCUGAGGGGCUGCUGUUCGCGUUCGUGUCGCGGGUGAAAUCGCAGGAAGGAGCAGGUUUUUUUCAGCGGGAUGUUCUGGUGUUUAAGGACGCGCGCACGAUGACCCCCCAUUCCUGCGCUUGAGUGAGCUGGGGCAUCCUCUCCCAGGACAAAAUGCAUAUCUGGAUCCUCAAAAUACUCCUUGUGGUUGCAUCAUCUCUGAGGCUCAUCGAGAUGUAUGACAAUUACGGGGAGAUUUGCCGCAACUUGUGCACUUGCGAGGAGAAAGAGGGAGUCCUGACCGUCAGCUGCGAGAACCGAGGGAUCAUUCGCCUGACGGAAAUCAGCCCCGUGCAGUUCUCCAUGUAUCACCUGCUCCUCACGGGGAACCUACUCAAGAAACUGUCGGCUAAUGACUUUAUCAACUACACCGGGGUGACCAUCCUGCACCUGGGGAACAACGACAUCGCGGAAAUCGAGUCUGGAGCCUUCAACGGACUCCAGGGAUUAAAACGAUUGCACCUGAAUAAUAACAAGAUCGAGAUUAUCCGGGAUGACACUUUUGCCGGUUUGGAAAGUUUGGAAUACCUCCAGAUCGACUACAAUUACAUCACCAACAUUGACCCCAGCGCGUUGAGCAGACUCCACCAACUGACAGUCAUGAUUUUAAAUGACAACCUGCUCUCCGCCCUCCCCUCUAAUAUAUUCCGGAACGUGCCACUGACGCAUCUCGAUCUGAGGGGGAAUCGGCUAAAAAUGUUCCCUUACGUGGGAUUGUUGGAGCACAUGGACAAAGUUGUGGAAUUACAGCUGGAGGAAAACCCGUGGAACUGCUCGUGUGAAUUAGUAGCUCUUAAAAACUGGCUGGAGAGCAUCGCGUACACGGCUCUGGUGGGGGAGGUGGUGUGCGAGACGCCAUUUCGAUUACACGGCAGGGAUUUGGACGAGGUGUCUAAGCAAGAACUGUGCCCCCGUCGACCUAUGGAUGACACGGUGAGACCGGCGCCCCCUAGCAGCACCAGUGGAUAUUACCAGACCACCCCUUCGUCCGUCACCACCUCCGCCACCUCGUCUGCCGUUUUGAGGUCGUCCUCCAAGCCCACCCGGGGCACCAGGCAGUUUAACAGAACUAAAAUCAAACCCACGUCUCGGAUUUCGGGAGGUAACCCUUACAACUACGGCCCAAUUAUUGCUUUUCAAACCAAAUCCCCAGUGCCUUUGGACUGCCCCACCGACUGUACAUGUAAUCUACAAAUAUCUGAGAUCGGACUGAACGUCAACUGCCAAGAGCGAAAGAUAGAGAGCAUUUCUGAUCUGAAACCCAAGCCAUACAACCCCAAAAAAAUGUAUCUCACUGGGAAUUACAUCCCGGUGGUGCGGAGAUCUGAUUUUGUCGACGCCACCGGAUUGGAUUUGCUCCACCUCGGAAACAACAGGAUAACGGUGAUCCACGACAGAGCCUUUGGGGAUUUAACCAACUUACGUAGGCUGUAUUUGAAUGGUAAUCUCAUGGACCGGCUUACUGCUGAAAUGUUCUACGGCUUGCAAAACCUCCAGUAUCUUUAUUUAGAAUACAACAAAAUCAGAGAGGUGGAGGCGGCCACGUUCCGCUACCUCCCUAAUCUGCAGCUACUCUUUUUGAACAAUAACCUCCUUAAGACGUUACCAAAUGGCGUAUUCUCCAGUUUGUCUCUGUCGCGGCUAAAUCUACGCAACAACAACUUCCAAAACCUGCCCGUCAGCGGAGUUUUGGACCAACUCAAGUUACUGGUGCAGAUCGAUCUGUUUGAAAACCCGUGGGACUGCUCCUGCGAAUCCGUCGGGAUGAAAAUCUGGCUGGAGCAGUUGAGCGCGGGCACGAUGGUCAACGAGGUCAUCUGCGAAAGCCCGAAACGCCACGCCGGGAUGGAGCUGCGUUCUAUCGAAUCGGAUCAGCUCUGCCCGGACUACGCCGACGCUUACGUUUCGCCCACGCUGCCCACGGAAGAACCGAUGGACGAUCGCGCCGCCACCACGGACACGCCCCCGAAAUACACGUCCCCGAGCAGCACCGUCCCCCUGUCCGUCCUGAUCCUCAGCCUCCUCCUCGUGUUCAUCAUGUCCGUGUUCGUCGCGGCCGGGCUUUUCGUCGUCGUCAUGAAACGGCGUAAAAAGUCCCAAAGCGAUCGCACGAGCACCAACAACUCGGACGUGAGCUCGUUUAACCUACAGUACAGUCUCUAUAGCAACCGCUCCGGGAAUAAAGUCAAAGCUCCCGCGGGUCACGUGUACGAGUACAUCCCUCACCCGAUGGGCCACAUGUGUAAAAACCCCAUCUACAGAUCACGAGAGGGGAACACGGUGGAGGACUACAGAGACCUGCACGAGCUGAAGGUGACGUACCGCAGUAACACGGAGGAGGAUCGAGACAGCGGCACGAUGAGGAGCCCGGCGUACAGCGUCAGCACUAUCGAACCUCGGGAUAACCCCUCCCCCGUGCCAGACGCAGAGCACUUCUUCAGAGGCAUCCUGGAGCCUGACAAGCAAUCCCCCUGCCAGUCCAUCCCCCCUCUACCCCCAGGGGCCAAUUUAGAGUACAAGUACACGGGCCCGGUCUCCUACACGUACAACCCGAACUUUGAUGUGAGGCGCCAGUUCUUGCACCCGGACCGGAUUAGAGAGACGGUACUGUACGGCACCGCGCCUAGUACUGUGUUUGUGGAGCCCAAUAGGAACGAGUAUUUGGAACUAAAAGCUAAAUUGCAAUCUGAGCCCGACUACCUGGAAGUCCUGGAGAAACAAACCACCUUCAGCCAGUUUUGAGCCCGGGAUCGUUAAAGGAACAAAGCGUUUUGUCUCUGCAGCAGACGGCUCGGUCUAAACUAAAGGGUGCCUUGGCACGUCGCAAAUAAAAAAGCAAAUGGAGUUUGAAACACGGGGUGUGCCGAACAAUCUUAUUCUUAUUUCUGAAACAUGACACUACAGGAUGGAAACACACGGAUGGAGGACUAUGAAAUAAAAUCUAUUUUUCUAUGCUGAAAGAUCCAAUAACAAACGUGUACAGGUCCAAAUCUUACUCGACUUCGUUUUCAGGAGUGUAAACAAACAGAUAUAUUGUGAAAUCAGAAAAAUAAAUUGUUUAUAAUAAAACCCUUUCUGGACAAAAGCACUGUACAGCAGAUGGAGAACUGUCUAAGGACUAUUUUCUGCUGUUAUCUGUAAGUAAAUAUUUAUUGAUAUAAUCUGCCAUGUCUUUUCAAAACUUUUGAUUCAAUAUUACCUGUUUCAUCAAACGUCAUCAGCGUCUGGACAAAAAUGGCUUCUGUUUGUACUUUCAUUUCUGUAGCUCUGCAUUGUACCAGUGGCACACCCCCAGAUGUUGAAAAAAGACUUGAAGAAGAAUAUGAAAAGUGUCUUUGUAUGCCUUCUGCACUUUUUGGAAUUUCGAAGGCGGGAAAGCCUUCGAUGAGCUCUCAUAAAGGAGAUUAUUAUAUUAAAAAUGAACAUGGGUAUUCAUUCUUAAUAUGUAGAGUUGUUAUCAGAGCAGAAUUCAUAAAGGAAGUAUUGUUAUGUUGUCUAACUGCUAUUUUAAUCAAUGUAAGACCUAUUUUUAUACAAGCCUUCACAGAAACCCCUUCAGUUUUGAGUUGUCCUGAUUGCUUUGCACUAUA